AAUAAAUACAAGAACAACCGAUUACACUCUUUGGCAUGCUAGCAAGAGGUAAAUAGGGUCUGUAUUUGGAUUAAACCGCUCUGUAAUUGACAAACAUGGGAUGUUUAUCAAACUAUCGAGUCUCCUCAAAGUUUGUGUAUUUUCCACUUAAUUCGAGAAUACAUUCUGGAAAGGGCAACGUUAAGGAUCUUUCGACGAAGUAGAUCGGUGUGCUAUCAUAAACGUGGCAAAACAUCCUUCUAUAUACCGCAUUUGGAUUGCAUGCGUAUCGUUGGGGGAUAGUAAUUUAUAUCGCACUUAUGAUCUCAUAUGGGGGUUGAUGAGAUGAAUUUUCGCUGCAAUCGACGAUGCUUUCCAUACUGUGGGCCUUUCCGUUUCCGAGAGGUUUUUCUUGCAGUCAGCGUAUUCUUCAUGCUCGGAUACUUCGUUGGGACCUACCUAAAUUUAGAUCCGAUGGAUGGUCGGUUGCCGUUACCAGAUAAAGCGUACAGACAAACUGCAGAGAGGAGCAGCGAAAUUGAAGAUAAUGAAGAAGAAAAGACAACGCAGCAAAAGGAAGAAUACGUGUCAUCUUUGAAUAAAACAUGGUUGACUUGGGACAAGAUAGACAGUCCUGGCGUUUACCGCGCAUGUGUGAAGAGACCGGAACCGGAAGCAAUGAGAGAGGUCAUCACGGGGCAGCAUAUCCUUCAAGAUACAGCUGACAAACUCACGAUUGAGGCCUGUAUCGAAGCUUGUAUUCAGUUGGUGUUCACAUACGCAGCACUGAGCCGUGGUCGUGAAUGCUACUGCACCGAUGUUUCUAUGAAGUCACAGUUCUUGUCGUACGUAGACAGCGCCCUCUGCGAUGUGAGAUGUACAGGGGAUAGGUAUCACAACUGCGGAGGUGACAACUAUAUGUCUGUUUACAGGACGUCUGUACCAGAUGCUCGUUGUUCUACCAUAGAGUUGGGCGCCCCCGGUUCAUUCCCGCUCAUUGCAUUAGCUUCAUACCCCCGGUCGGGCAAUACAUGGACUCGUCAACUCAUUGAGAAAGCUACAGGAAUAUACACCGGAAGUGUUUACUGGGCUAAAGAAAGUCAGAUGGAAAUCUCAAAGAAAGUUUUCUUGGGAGGGAACGUUGACUACAAAAAGCAGAGUACAAUUUGUGUCAAGACUCAUAUGCAUGACCGAGAGAAGUUUCUGGGCGCCAUCAUGUUAAUUCGGAAUCCGUACCGGGCGAUCGUUGCCGAAGUUUUCCGAAAACAACUCUUCGAGUCGAAAGUCUCACCCGAACAAGCGAUCAAGUUUUUCAAAUCAACAGAGUGGAAUAAAUUUGUCAACGAAGCAAUCGAAAAUUGGAAAUCCAUGAAUAUGCAUUGGAUACAAACCCACAAACGAUUCCUUCCGAUGUUCUACGAAGAGCUCGAAGCCGAGACCGUCCGGAAAUUGAUGGAAAUUGUCGUGUUUCUCAAUCGACCGGUGGAACCCGAACGGAUCGUCUGCGCAACUCAAGAUCACCCAUCCUCCUUAGCAACAAGUACCUCCCUUGGUAACCAUGGGCGGAAGACGCGUGUUUAUCUCACCGAGGACCCUUUCACAUCUGAAAUGCAUCAGAAAAUUGACCAAAGUAUACAACUCGUCAACAAAACACUCUUUAAAUUCCACAGGAAAGUUGUACCUGCUGAAUACCUGAAGAAAACUGAUGUAUUCUAAUGACGUCACAUUUACACUUGUUUUUAAAACUUAUAUCUCCCAGGACAGAUAACUCCCAAAGCCUGAAAAAUAAACUUACUUUUGUACGUACCAUCUGUUAUUUGAAUAAUGUUUCCACAAAAACCUUUGACUAGUUUGAAGUAUAUAUGCCUACGAAAGCAUUUCGAGUCGUGCAAUACCAAUUGGGGCUACUUAGUUUUUUCUAUUUGUUAUACAUGUGUUCUUCUGCUCAUCAAUAAAUGUUUUAUUUAUGAUAUGUAGUUUUAGUUAAAUGCGCUUAGAAACGUAUUUAAAAGCUACAUUGUUUCCAUGGGAAUAAUAAUUACAAUUGUUAAUAUGAUUCAUAAUGAACUGCAUGUAACCAGUGCACGUAUCUUUCAACAUGUUUAAUGUAAGAUAAACAUCUUGUUCUUAAAAAGUA